AGAGCAAGUAUUACGGGCGGCUGGGAACCGACUAAAUCACCCGUGGAAGAGAGAGAAGGCGUCUGGCCAAGCGCCCGCUUCAACUGGCUGAAAGAAGCUGCUCCCGCUGCUAUUGGCCCAACGCACUGGUGUGCAUGGAAUCUAGCGGGCCCCAGCGUGCGUUGCAGCCGGUAGUCGGCGAAAUUCAUAAGCCUUGCUCUAAUACUCCAUCAGCUACUCGCCUACAACAACCAUACUCGCCAUUAGUGCGUAGCUGUUUGUGUACACGCUUAGUUCAUCCCUGUCCUGACAGUUGCGGAGCGAGGAGGCCAAGAAAAAGGCUCGAGCUUUUUUUGUUUCCAUGGUAGGCGGCACACGCCAUGGGGACAGAAUGGGUGCUCAGCCAGCUGAAUUAGUUGUUGCCAUCAGCAGCAGCAGCAGCUAGGGAGUUCUUGGCGGCUCCGAUCAAGAGUCUUGGAGAGGGGAGGGCGGCGCUGCGUGCGAUGGAGAGCCAGCGCGUGGUGGUGGUCGUGGAGGACGCGGCCGCCGCCCGCACCGCGCUGCAGUGGGCCGUCGGCAACUUCAUCCGCGGCGGCGACUCCAUCACGCUGCUGCACGUCUGCCCGCCCGCGCGCUCGCGCCGGAAGCGCCGCAGGCUCCGCCUCGGCGGCUUCCAGCUCGCGCUCGCCUUCAAGGACCUCUGCAACGGCAUCGCCGAGGCCAAGGUGGAGAUCGUGGUGAGGGAGGGGGAGCUCGGGGAGACGGUGGUGGCCACGGUCAACCAGCUCGGCGCCACCACGCUCGUCGUCGGCCUCCACGACAAGAGCUUCCUCUACAGGGCGCCGAGCCCGUACACGAGAGUGAGGAGCCUGGGGUGCAGGGUCCUCGCCGUCCGGCAGCACGCCACGGCGCGGGACGGCUUCUUGAACGCCGACCUCACCCAGAUCGAGACCAUAAGCUUGCACAUACCACCGCCAAAGAUCCCGUUCCCGAUGUUCACGCUCCCGCUCGGCGUGAUAUGGAGGAGAUCGAAGCGGCGAAAGUGAUGCUGCGAGGAGGACGGAGCUCUUCUUCUGUCGGGGGGAACAGCACGGCGGGCUGAAGCCGAGCUGAGCCUGACGGGUAGAUACACAAACACACAUGCAAGAACACUACGACACCAGCAGUCAGCGGAUUGACAUAACUGUAACGGCAGCUGCAGCGGCACAGAAUGUAGAAAGAAAUGAAAGGGUAUACUCCGGUUCCAACCUGUAGCAGUGAAUCGACAGAUGAUUUACCAAAGUUAGAUGGCUAGUUUUGUCUCUGAAAAAAGCAGAGGGAAAAUCAGGGGUUUCGUUCCGAUGGUUGUGUCUAUAUAUACGGCAUUUGUCCCCAUAUAUAGGGUAAGUCAAGCAGACCUCCCAAACUAGCCCUCACUAGGACUUAGACACCGUUGACGUGGAUCGUCAGUGGCUCCUGCAGGGUGGAAGUGUUUGCAUUAGUUUGUUCGGCCGGUUACCAACUAGCUAGCAGUGUUUUUCUCUUACAUCAAAUCAAUAUUAGCUAUCAGCCAGCUAGCAAUAUUUUCUCUCAAA